AUGCAAGUUUCGUUCAUUGAUAUUGACAUGAGCUUCUAUAUUUUGACUCAUUGUAAAGUAGUUUACUUUGGCAGUUUGAAUGGUGCAGACAUUGAUAUGCCUGAGUGGAUGUUCUCCAAAAUGAUGCGAAGUGCAAAUAUCAGAUUCUCAGAUCAUUCCAUGUUGAGAAUUAUCCAGAUAUUGGGUAAACUAGGCAACUGGAGGCGGGUGCUGCAGGUCAUUGAAUGGAUUGAGUUGCGUGAGCGCUUCAAAUCACACAAGAUAAGGUUCAUUUACACAGCUGCACUUGAUGCACUUGGAAAGGCAAGGAGACCUGUGGAGGCACUCAAAGUGUUUUGUGCAAUGCAGCAACAUGUGUCCUCAUAUCCUGACCUUGUAGCUUAUCGCUGCGUUGCUGUCACUCUUGGACGAGCAGGACAUAUGAAGGAACUUUUUGAUGUGAUUGAUAGCAUGCGAUCUCUUCCCAAAAAGAAGUUCAAGACUGGGGUUCUUGAGAAGUGGGACCCUCGGCUGGAACCAGAUAUUGUCAUCUAUAAUGCUGUGAGUAUUACCUUUUGA